AUGGCGGUGGUGGUGGUGGUGGAGGUGGUGGUGGAGGAGGUGGAGGUGGAGGUGGUGGUGGAGGUGAUGGUGGAGAUGAUGGUGGUGGAGGUGGAGAUGGUGGCGGUGGAGGUGGAGGUGGAGUCAACCCUGCGGGCCGACGCUGCCCUGGGCGCCUACAUGUUCUUCCUUAUCCUGACGGGCUUCCCUAUCAACUUCCUCACACUCUACGUCACCCUCGAACACAAGAAGCUGCGGACCCCUCUAAACUAUAUUCUGCUCAACCUGGCGGUAGCUGACCUCUUCAUGGUGUUUUGGAGGAUUCACCACAACGAUGUAUACCUCAAUGCACGGCUACUUUGUUCUCGGACGCCUCGGCUGCAACGUGGAAGGGUUUUUUUUGCCACUCUGGGCGGUGAGAUCGCCCUGUGGUCUCUGGGUGGUCCUGGCUAUUGA